AUGAACGCAGCCCGUCAACUCAUCGCCCGCCGCAUGGCCCUCACCACCGGCCCUAGACUCACCACCCCCAUGGCCCGCUACGCCUCCACAGCCGCCGCACACUCCUCCAAAUCAAUGGCCCCCAAGGACCGCCAACUCAUGCACGGCGUCUUCACCGCCGCCACGGCCGCCACCAUCGGAGGCGUCACCUAUGCAGCCACCCGAUCUGGUUCUAGAGUGAACAACCGGUUCAGCAAGAAGAACUCGAACCUCGACAGCUCCAAAUGGUUCCUCGAGGGGACGGAUGUCGACAAGUUUCUGGCCAACCAAUCAAAGUAA